AACUUCUUUGGACGAAACGAUCUCUUCCAUAUUAAUUGUCAACACGUGAAACCUGUAAACAUGGGAAAGGCAAAGAAAGUUAAAGUAUCUAAAACUGAGGGCGAAACCGACAAAACCCAAACACUUGCAGAUCAGAUCUUAACAGAUAAAUCAGUUAAACUCAAAGGCCGAAAUAAAAUUCGUAACAGGAAGGACGAAGAUGAUUCGUAUGUUGAUGACAAGCUAUCUAAGAAGAUUUUGGAACAAGCAAGAUUACAACAAGCAGAACUUGAAGAGGAACAUGGAAUUAUAAGGUCCCAACCUGUAAAGAAAAAGACCACCUUAGAUACAGGGCCACCAAGAGAUGAUUCAGAUUCUGACAAUGAUCUUGCCUCUGAUAAUGAAGAAUUUUAUGAAGACAUUGAAGUGGAUGAAGAUGAUGAGAAAGCCUUACAAAUGUUCAUGUCCAACGAGCCGGUCAAACAAAGAACUCUGGCCGAUAUCAUCAUGGAGAAAAUCACAGAGAAGAAGACAGAAGUACAAACACAAAUGUCAGAUAAUGCCAGUGUAAAUAUGCAACAGUUAGACGAGAGAGUUGUUGGCAUGUAUAAAAGUAUUAGACAGAUUUUACAGAAAUAUAGAAGUGGGAAGCUCCCUAAAGCCUUUAAAGUUAUCCCAAAUUUACAGAACUGGGAACAGAUAUUGUAUUUAACAGAACCUGAGACUUGGUCAGCAGCCUCUAUGUACCAGGCUACCAGAAUAUUUGUUUCUAAUCUAAAUGCAAAAAUGGCACAGAGAUUUUUCAAUUUGGUUUUAUUUCCAAGAAUAAGAGAUGACAUUUCAGAAUUUAGACGACUCAAUUUUCAUUUAUAUAUGGCUGUCAAAAAAUCCCUAUUCAAACCAGCUGCCUUUUUUAAAGGUAUAUUACUACCACUUUGUGAGUCAGGAAAUUGUACACUAAGAGAGGCAGUGAUUGUAGCUAGUAUCUUAUCAAAGAAUUCAAUACCCAUGUUACAUUCAGCAGCUGCCAUCUUGAAAAUAGCAGAAAUGGACUAUAAUGGUGCAAACAGUAUAUUUCUUAGGACAUUAUUGGAUAAAAAAUAUGCCCUUCCAUUCAGAGUAAUAGAUGCUGUUGUUUUUCAUUUUCUAAGUUUCACAAAAGAUAAAAGAUUGCUCCCUGUGUUGUGGCAUCAGUGUUUAUUGACAUUUGUACAAAGAUAUAAAGAGGACAUUUCAUGUGAACAAUGUGAGGCUUUAAUGGAUCUCUUACGAGCACAAGUACACGAACAGAUUACUCCAGAAGUCAGACGUGAGCUAAUGAAUUCAAAACGGAGAGAUUUAGAAAUUGGCGAGUCCUCGGCAGGAGCUAUGGCCUUGCAAUAAAUUUUGUAAACAUUC